AAAAUCAAUCUACAAUUCAAAUUGAAUCCCUCAUAGAUAUUAGGGUUUUAUUAGAAAGAAGAAGAAGGAGAAGAAGGAAGAUGGAUCCAGAGACGGAGUUCUUGCUAUUAUCAAAAACAAGAAGAAUCCCUGAAAUUAGAAGCGGGACGGCCGGAAAUGAAUGGGAGCUGUUCAAAGAAAACGUGAGGCCGGUGAAGAGAGGGCGCAACGUCAACCUCCUCAACCAAUCCCUCAAAUCCCAUUCCGAUUCUCAUAUCCGCGAUUCCCUUCUCCAUACCCGAACGAAGCUGAUUCAAGCGAUUGAUGAGUAUGAAGGUGAAGAUCCUCUACAACCUUGGCUCCAGUGUAUCAAGUGGGUUCAAGAUGCCUUUCCUUGUGGUGGAGAUUCUUCGGGCAUAGUCGUCAUCUUUGAACAAUGUGUGCGGACCUUCUGGCAUGACCCCCGUUACAAGAAUGAUCUUCGUUAUCUUAAACUCUGGGUGGAGUAUGCCGGAUUCUGUGACGAUGCUCAAGUUGUUUAUAGUUUUCUAGAAACCAAUAAAAUCGGAGAGAAACAUUCACUCUUUUACAUAUCCUAUGCUUCUCUCAUGGAGUCCAACAAUAAGAUUAAAACUGCGAGUGACAUUUAUGAGUCUGGCAUUUCUAAGAACGCUCAACCUAUUGAGAAGCUAAAAUCAGCUUACAAGAAAUUUUUCACUCGCUCAAUGAGUAGACCAAAAGCCAGUGAAGAGGAACUGGUGGAGACUCAUCUACCAGCACGAAGCUUUGGAACCAUCUUGGCGCGUGGGGACAGUGGAAAUCGUACUCAGGAUAGUUUUGAUAUUGCUAGGAAAAGACCAAAACAAGAAGGGACACAAGGAGGAUCAAUCAAGAUUUUGAAAGACGUAACCAACAUUAGUCAGAGCACGAGUUUAGUUCACCAGUCAGAACCAUCUUUGAAACCCUCCUGGCACACUCUAGGAGCACGAGCUGAGAGAAACAAAGAAAAUAAUGCCAUCCCUUCCAAGUGGACAUCAAAUAAGAUUCCCCAGAGACCUGUUGGUAGAAUGAGUGGAGCUGCUGCAGCUGCUCCCUGCAUUGAGGUUUUUGUGGAUGAAGAAUGCUUGGAACCUAAUAACGUGAGCAACGAGAGUAAACGCUCUUCUGCCUUGCAGCUCAGGGACAAUGAUGGCAAAGACCUUAAAAAGGAGACUGAACUACUGAGGGAAAACCCACUACGCCACUUUCCUCCAAGCAGUCUCAGAUGAUUAUAAAAUUGCAUCACGAUGUGAUGCUUCUUUAUUGUUGUAGUGGUUUUGAUUUUAUGUAUGGGUCGGCUUUUGUCUAUAAAGCUUGAUUCAUGAAUCAUGCAUAAAACAAAAGUUUUAGUAGUGUGGAAAUUGCAUCACGAUCUGAUGCUUCUUUAUUGUUGUAGUGGUUUGAUUUUAUGUAUGGGUUGGCUUUUGUCUAUAAAGCUUGAUUCAUGAAUCAUGCAUAAAACAAAAGUUUUAGUAGUGUGGAGAGUAUUGUAUUGCUUGAUUUGGUAUCGCUUUGUUUAGGGAAGACAUUCCUCAG